GAAGAAAAAAUGAAGAACCAAUCAACGGAAAUCCAGUUCAUUCUUUUAGGAUUGACAGAUAACCCACAGCUGCAAGUUGUGAUUUUUCUGUUUCUAUUUCUCAACUACACCUUGAGCCUGAUGGGAAACGUGGUCAUCAUCCUCCUCACUCUUCUGGAUCUUCGCCUCAAGACUCCAAUGUAUUUCUUUCUCCGUAAUUUCUCCUUUCUGGAGAUCAUAUUUACAACUGUGUGCAUCCCAAGAUUCUUGAUAACCAUUGUGACUAAAGACAAAACCAUCUCUUAUAAUAAUUGUGUAGCUCAAUUAUUUUUUAUUCUUCUACUGGGAGUUACAGAGUUUUACCUCCUGGCUGCCAUGUCCUAUGACCGCUAUGUCGCCAUCUGCAAACCGCUGCAUUACCUGAUCAUUAUGAAUGGCAAAGUGUGCUACCAACUAGUACUCAGCUCCUGGGUAACUGGAUUCCUGAUCAUCUUCCCUCCCUUAGUCUUGGGGCUCAAGCUAGACUUCUGUGCUUCCAAAAUAAUUGACCACUUUAUGUGUGAAACUUCUCCUAUCCUGCAAAUAUCUUGCUCGGAUACCCAUGUGCUAGAGUUGAUGUCUUUGGUCUUAGCUCUGGUGACUCUUGGGGUCACAUUGGUGUUGGUGAUUAUCUCUUAUGCUUGCAUCAUUAAGACCAUUCUGAAAUUUCCUUCUGCCCAGCAAAGGAAAAAAGCUUUUUCCACCUGUACUUCCCACAUGAUUGUUGUCUCCAUGACAUAUGGCAGCUGCAUCUUUAUGUAUAUUAAACCAUCAGCAAAAGAAAGGGUGACUAUAUCCAAAGGUGUUGCUUUGCUGUAUACUUCAAUUGCGCCUCUUCUGAAUCCCUUCAUUUAUACCCUGAGGAACCAGCAGGUGAAAGAUGUCUUCUGGGAUGUAAAACAAAAAAUCUUGAGUUUUUCAAGAAAAACAUUUUAG